AUGGUUUACAUCAUGCUGGUAGAUUUUUAUUACUUCACUGUUCUUUUUGGACAUGAAGGUCAGAAGCCACUGGAGCUGCGCUGUGAGGAGGAGCAGGCUGGGAAAGAAUGGAUGGAAGCCAUUCACCAAGCCAGUUACGCGGACAUUUUGAUUGAAAGGGAAGUGUUAAUGCAGAAGUACAUUCAUCUAGUUCAGAUCGUGGAGACAGAAAAAAUUGCCGCUAACCAACUCCGACACCAGCUUGAAGAUCAAGAUACCGAAAUUGAAAGGCUUAAAUCAGAGAUUGUUGCUCUUAAUAAAACCAAGGAACGCAUGCGCCCUUACCAUAGCCAUCAAGAGGAUGAGGAUCCAGACAUCAAGAAGAUUAAAAAGGUUCAGAGCUUCAUGCGAGGAUGGCUGUGUCGGAGAAAGUGGAAGACCAUCGUGCAGGACUACAUUUGUUCUCCCCAUGCUGAAAGCAUGAGGAAGAGAAACCAGAUUGUGUUCGCCAUGGUGGAAGCUGAGUCAGAGUAUGUGCACCAGCUCUACGUCCUAGUCAAUGGUUUCCUCCGGCCCCUGAGGAUGGCAGCUAGCUCCAAGAAGCCCCCCAUUAGCCAUGAUGAUGUCAGCAGCAUUUUUCUCAACAGUGAAACAAUCAUGUUUCUUCAUGAAAUAUUCCAUCAAGGACUAAAGGCAAGGCUGGCAAAUUGGCCUACUUUGAUUUUAGCUGAUCUGUUUGAUAUUUUGCUGCCCAUGCUGAACAUUUAUCAAGAAUUUGUGCGUAAUCACCAGUACAGCCUCCAAGUACUUGCCAACUGUAAACAAAACAGAGAUUUUGACAAGCUCCUAAAACAGUAUGAAGCCAAUCCUGCCUGUGAGGGGAGGAUGCUGGAGACAUUCUUGACCUACCCAAUGUUUCAGAUCCCCAGGUAUAUCAUCACACUGCAUGAACUCCUGGCUCACACCCCUCACGAACACGUGGAGAGAAAAAGUCUGGAGUUUGCUAAGUCAAAGCUGGAGGAACUGUCCAGAGUGAUGCAUGACGAAGUGAGUGACACUGAGAACAUACGGAAAAACCUCGCCAUUGAAAGGAUGAUAGUGGAGGGUUGUGACAUUUUGCUGGAUACCAGCCAGACUUUCAUCCGCCAAGGCUCUCUUAUUCAAGUACCUUCCGUUGAGAGGGGGAAACUCAGUAAAGUUCGCCUUGGCUCGCUGUCUUUGAAGAAGGAAGGCGAGAGACAGUGCUUCUUAUUUACGAAACACUUUUUGAUUUGUACAAGAAGUUCAGGAGGAAAGCUGCAUCUGCUCAAGACAGGUGGAGUCCUCUCCCUCAUAGAAUGCACAUUGAUUGAAGAGCCCGACGCAAGUGACGAUGACUCCAAAGGUUCCGGCCACAUGUUUGGACAUCUGGAUUUUAAAAUAGUAGUGGAGCCUCGGAAUGCUGCCCCUUUCACUGUGGUCUUGCUAGCACCUUCACGCCAGGAGAAAGCAGCAUGGAUGAGUGACAUCAGUCAGUGUGUGGACAAUAUACGAUGUAAUGGUUUAAUGACUAUAGUCUUCGAAGAGAAUUCUAAAGUUACUGUACCACAUAUGAUUAAGUCUGAUGCCCGUCUUCAUAAAGACGACACUGACAUCUGUUUCAGUAAAACACUCAACUCCUGCAAAGUGCCCCAGAUCCGAUAUGCCAGUGUGGAGCGCCUCUUGGAGCGGUUGACAGACUUGCGGUUUCUGAGCAUUGAUUUCCUCAACACCUUCCUGCACACGUACCGAAUUUUCACCACAGCCACCGUGGUGCUGGCGAAGCUCUCUGACAUCUACAAGAGGCCUUUUACCUCCAUCCCUGUCAGGUCAUUAGAGUUAUUUUUUGCUGCAAGCCCAAAUAACAGAGGCGAACACAUGGUAGAUGGAAAAUCCCCACGUCUGUGUCGCAAGUUCUCCUCCCCACCUCCUUUGGCUGUGUCCAGAACAUCCUCUCCAGUCAGGGCCAGAAAACUGUCCUUGACGUCUUCCUUGAACGCAAGGAUCGGAGCCUUGGACCUGACCACAUCGUCAUCUUCUAGCAGUCCUACCACGCACAGUCCCACUUCGUCCCCACCACCUCACGCUGCACCUGCCCUUGAGUCUGCACCAGCCGACCGAGCAGGAGACUCCACAGAGCUGUCACCUUGCAGAUCCCCCUCAACUCCCCGGCACCUCCGAUAUCGCCAGCCUGGAGGACAGGUAUCUGACAACACCCACUGCUCUGUUUCCCCUGCUUCUGCUUUUGCAAUCGCCACAGCUGCAGCAGGACAUGGGAGUCCACCAG